AGACACACGGACAACAAGAUCAGUUCAACAUGAGUAAGGAGAAAUAUCAAGGGUUUUACAGUGCCACAGACUCCUAUGAAAUGAGGAUCAUUCUAUUUGGCAAGACAGGCGUGGGAAAGAGUGCAGCUGGAAACACCAUCUUGGGCCGAGAGGCUUUUGAGUCUGAACUGCCUCUAUCCUCCAUGACAACUGAAUGCCAGAAAGCUAAGGGGAAUGUUGGAGGCCGAAGGAUUGCUGUUAUUGACACUCCAGGACUGUUUGACACUAAUUGCUAUGAAGAGGAAAUGUUGAAGUGGAUCAAGAUGUGCAUCUCACUGUCUGCUCCUGGCCCUCAUGCCUUCCUGGUGGUUCUUGAGUUGGGCAGGUUCACCCAAAAGGAGAAGGAGACUGUUAAGAUGAUCCAGACCACUUUUGGUGAAGAUGCUGCCAAUUACACAAUGGUGUUGUUUACUCAUGGAGACAGGCUGAGAAAUCUAUCUAUUGAGAGCUACAUUUCAGAGAGUGCUGAUCUGCAAGCCUUCAUUCGCUCGUGUUGCGGUCGAUACCAUGUCUUCAAUAAUGAAAUCAAAGAUGCUGUGCAAACCAGCCACCUCCUGCAAAAAAUUGACAAGAUGACCAUGGCCAACUAUGGAAGCUACUACACCAAUGACAUGUUCAUGAAACCAGAGGAGGCCAUAGAGAAGGAGAAACAGAGACUCCUGCAGGAGAUGGAGCAUGAAGCCAGAGCUCGAGCAGAUAAAACUGCUCUAGUGAUUUUUAUAACAACAGCCUGCGGUGUUCUGGUUGGUGGUCUGCUUACAAACAGGCAACAAGGUUUAGUGCUUGGAGUUUUAGCUGGGGCAGCCAUUGGAGCUACUGUUAGUACUCCAUCAGUGAAAACAGAAACAACAAAGAAGCAAACUCAAAAAAUGCGACGUGACAGAUAAAUGCCAGUAAGUUAAGAUGCCUGU